ACUCUUCCGUCUUCAACCCUUUGGCAUCCGGCAAACCCACACUAGUACUGCUCAACUACUUGAUUGCCUCCUCACUGGCACCGCCCCUCCCAAUUGCAGUGACACUGCGCCACCACCCCGGCUCCAGCGAGAUCCAGACCCCAAAGACCCCCAACACACCUCGCCCGCGCCAGCAGCAGCCGGCCUUCUCUGCUCGGAGGGGAGCAAUGGCCGCCAACGGAGGCGGGUACCGGGCCGAGGACGACUACGACUACCUCUUCAAGGUGGUGCUCAUCGGCGACUCCGGCGUCGGCAAGUCCAACCUCCUCUCCCGCUUCACCAAGAACGAGUUCAGCCUCGAGUCCAAGUCCACCAUCGGCGUUGAGUUCGCCACCCGCAGCCUCCAGGUCGACGGCAAGGUCAUCAAGGCCCAGAUUUGGGACACCGCCGGCCAGGAGAGGUACCGUGCUAUUACAAGUGCCUAUUACCGUGGAGCUGUAGGAGCAUUACUUGUCUAUGAUGUCACCCGCCGUGCUACAUUCGACAAUGUGAGCCGUUGGCUAAGGGAGCUCAGAGACCACACUGAUCAAAGCAUCGUUGUCAUGCUGAUUGGCAACAAAUCUGAUCUCCGCCACUUGGUGACCGUCUCAACUGAGGACGCAAAAGAGUUUGCGGAGGCUGAGUCCAUGUACUUCAUGGAAACGUCUGCGCUAGACGCCACCAACGUGGACAACGCGUUCUCAGAGGUCCUGACCCAGAUAUACCAGAUCGUGAGCAAGAAGACAGUGGAGGCACCGGAGGAUGGCGCGGCUGGCCCGGGCAAAGGGGAGAAAAUAAACGUGAAGGAUGAUGUGUCCGCAAUGAAGAGAGUUGGGUGCUGCUCAAACUAAGGCGAAUACAAACGGUUUGUUCAUUUUUCAUGUAGGUAAGGUACGGUCGGCUUGCAGGAUAAGAAAUGUGUUGGAUUCUGUUUCUGGUGGUGUUGCCGAGGCUUAGGGUCACUAAAAGAACAAUUCAAUCUACCGAUUUAAAUUAUCGACUAUGAAUUUGUGAUUCUGUCAGAUUCA